AUGGCUUUCAUACAGAAUUCCAAUCCCCCGCCAUUCAUACCCCAUUAUGGCAAGAACAAGGAAGUGGGAGUGUGUAUGGCCGGAAUGACUUUUACUAUUGAGCCUAUACUUGCUCCGGGAAGUCCUCGGGUAACUGUUGACCGGGUGACUGGACGAAUCACUGCCGAUGGCAAACGAACUGCUCAGUUUGAACACACCUUGCUUGUCACGGAGACAGGUGUCGAAGUCCUGACUGCGCGAAACGCAGAUUCACCUGGAGACCCUGCCUUGUUGCCGACUACCAGUGAGGCUACAGAAGCUAAUCGACGACCGGACAUAGCCAAAGCAUGGGCUUGGAAUGUCCUGAGCCGGCUUUUUUUCUUUUACUUUGGAUCAUUUGCUCCUACAGCCCAGUCGUGUGGCUUUACCAUCGUGCAACCAAUAACGGCAGGAGCGGUUAUGAGGGACAUGGCUUUGACCCAUCAGGUUACUUCUUACAUUCCUUUGCCUUCGCUUUGCUAUGGACGGGUUUACGUGCAGAUGAUGGAGUAUCCUCUGGAAACGAAACAAUACAGCCGUGAAGGCUCGACAGUCGAAUUGGGCUUUGAAACCGGUAAUCUCACAAUCUACCUGCAACCAGCUGCAGAACAGCCCUGCUGCAUUGAAGGAAACCUGACAGCGGUCAAGACGAGCGUCAUUGUAUCCCGAAACGCAGUCAGCAUCACGGCGAUUGCAGAAGUCUGGAGUCGCGUGAUGGCGAUUACAUCGGGCAUUAUCCGCCUUCUACCUGUGAACUACAUGUAG